CGCAGAACCACCAGUCAUGUCCAAGACCACAGAGCCCCAGACACACAUAUCCAGCAGGCAGCGAUGUCCGCAGGCCAAUGGACUGGAGAGCCUGGCGUCUCUGGUGCGUUCUGUGGAAGAAACCCCUGAGCCCAUCCCCACCACCAUCAAGGGAACAAUUCCAACAUGGAUCAAUGGGAGCUUCCUGAGAAAUGGUCCUGGAAAAUUUGAAUUUGGGAAAGACAGGUACACCCACUGGUUCGAUGGCAUGGCCAUGAUGCACCGUUUCCACAUCUGUGAGGGCAGUGUCACAUACAGCAGCCGCUUCCUGCGGAGUGACUCAUAUGUCCUCAACUCAGAGAAGAACCGCAUUGUGGUGUCAGAGUUUGGGACAUUAGCGAUGCCUGAUCCCUGCAAGAACAUCUUUGCACGCUUCUUUUCGCGCUUUCAGAUUCCCAAGGCCACAGAUAACGCCAGCGUGAACUUUGUCAAGUACAAGGGAGACUAUUAUGUCAGCACAGAAACCAACUACAUGAGACGAGUCGAUCCGCAAAGUCUGGAGACAAAGGAGAAGGUGGACUGGAGUCAAUACAUCGCUGUCAACUCAGCCACAGCUCACCCACACUAUGACCGUGAGGGGGCCACGUACAACAUGGGAAACUCCUACGGCAAAAAUGGUUUCUUCUACAACAUCAUCCGUGUGCCUCCUCCUGAGGACAAAGCAUCAAAGGAAGACUCUGCAGACCUGACUGGGGCCAAAGUGAUCUGCUCCAUCCGUGCAGCUGAACCCAGGAAACCUUCCUAUUAUCACAGCUUUGUCAUGUCGGAGAACUACAUUGUGUUCAUUGAGCAGCCAAUCAAGCUGGACCUGCUGAAGUUCAUGCUGUACAGAAUCCAGGGGAAGAGCUUUCACAAAGUCAUGUCAUGGGAGCCUCAGUAUGACACCAUCUUCCACCUGGUCAACAGGCACACUGGCAAGGAGAGCGAGGUGAAGUACCGUGCAGCGCCCAUGUUCACUCUUCAUCAGAUCAACGCUUAUGAGGACAACGGGUUCUUGGUUAUGGACAUGUGCUGUGGGGACGAUGGCGAGGUCAUCGGAGACUUCACACUGGAGAACCUCCGCAGAGAAUCGGGAGAGGAGAUGGACAAGUUUUACAACUCGUUGUGCAGAAACCUUCCAAGGAGAUACGUCCUGCCCCUGACUGUGGAUGAACAUGCUCCUUUGGACCAAAACCUUGUCACUCUGCAUAACUGUAAAGCCACAGCGAAGAAGGCGAAACCAGGAGAGGUUUACAUGACCCAUGAAGAGCUUCACAACGACGAGCUGCUGCAGUACGGUGGCCUCGAGUUCCCUCAGAUCAACUACGAGCACUACAACGGCAGACCGUACCGCUACUUCUACUCCUGUGGCUUUGGACACGUCUUCAGCGACUCCCUGCUCAAGAUGGAUGUCCACACCAAGGAGCUUAAGGUGUGGCGUUAUCCCGGCUUGUACCCGUCUGAGCCUGUCUUUGUUGCUUCGCCCAAAGCUACUGAGGAAGAUGAUGGAGUGGUUUUGUCAGUCAUCAUCACACCCAGACAAGAAAAAAGUACUUUCCUGCUCGUUCUGGAUGCCAAGACCUUCACUGAACUGGGCAGAGCUGAGGUCCCUGUCAAUAUCCCAUACGGCACCCACGGUGUAUUUAACGAGAUGGGCUAGAUGUGCCACUGCUUGCAACUCGAUGGUAAAUUGCUGAAACUAGCAACCAACCACGUUAUCCACAGAAUAGAAUAUCACUGUUGAUGUCAUUGCCUGUAAAACCCCUGAACUGUAAACGAAAGAUGAAAAGAAACAAGAGCUGGGACAAAACUGCAGACUCAUGGUAUUUGUUGGUGCCUCCUUGACAGAAAUAGGUGCAUGUCCUCGGUGUGUGCUGCCAUUACAGUAAGAAAGACGGCAAUCUUUUAUAGACUAACAAGACAGAAAGCCCAGCAUGGCGUGAGCACACUGAUAAAGUUUGUCCUCUGUGUGUUCCUAUGUGCUCUUGUAAGAUUUUGAAACAGCGUUUAGAUCAUGACCAGAUUGCCAUGCAGAUGGUGCUUACUUGGAAGGACCAAUACUUUGUGUGGAAAAUAUUUAGAAAAAAUACAUGAAAGUCAAUACACAUACGCAUUAGAAUAAAAUCCAUUUCUCUUUUUUUCUGUUUAAACCCAAAGUGUUUUUGCAUCAUCACGCCACUGGAAACGCUAUACUCCCAGUGAGGACAGAACAGCACUUAGGACACAUAAAAAUGCAUCAGAGGAAAUUCAAUUUCUGUCAAAGUAAUGUGAUAGAAAUGGACAACGUCUGAAAUGCCUGGAAAACAAAUGGAUCUAACUGGUCGAUAGCCACCGGAGAGUCUAGCAGAGGUCACAUCAGAAAUAUAGUGCUUUUUAUACGCUGAAAACAAACCAAAACAAAGUUGACAUACACAUAAACACCGAUACGUAGGACCUUGUGUGUGAACAAGAGCAGCUUGUUGUUUCAUUGUAUUAAAGCGUGAACUCAACAGAACAGUGCAGAACAGAAAACACGGGCCCUUCCCAGAAUGUGAAGUAGCCUACAGCUGCACUUGUCACUCCACCGUCUCCACAAUUGACUUUACUGAUGCUUGUUUCAUUGGCUAUUUUCCCUCUCACAUUGACCUGAACAGACUGAUUUGAACUGACUACGGGCUCUGCACCUGAUACAGGCUGUGUGAAAGCUGAGAGGCUUCAAAUAAAAUAUGACCCAUAUAU